UAGCGCAUAUCGCAAAAACAAGACGUCGCGACGUGCGCCAAGCGCGAAAAAACGAACGCAAAGUUUCAUACUUUCCUCAUUUACAAAAAAUCAGUGUGUAUGUAAUGUAACGCGCAACAAAAUCAUCAUGUCGCGCAUCACUUGGAAUUCCACACAAAUUUUCGUGAUAUUCAUUUGUUUCGUUUGUUGUUUCCUAUCAACAAAUGGCAGUGACGAUGAUCUCCGCUCCACCGGUCGCCUCCGACGUGCAUGCUCCACACGUGGUCACAUCCCUCAACCACCAAGCCGCGUCAACACCACCGGCCGCCUCCAUUUCCUCCGCCGUGCGAUGCUCACCGAAACCGUCCUGCGUGAUCGCGCCAUUGACGCCUAUCUCAUCACCUCAGACGAUGAGCAUCAAACUGAAUACGUUGCUCCUUACGACCGCCGAAGGGAAUACAUCUCCGGCUUCUCCGGAAGUAAUGGCGACGCCAUUGUUACACAAACCCACGCUGCACUAUGGACAGACGGCAGGUAUCAUCUCCAAGCAGAUGAUCAACUCAACUGUGACUGGUUACUGAUGCGUGAAACACAAACAAAAGUACCUACGAAAGCAGAAUGGUUAAAGAGGGUGUUACCACCACAUGGACGCAUUGGAGCUGACCCUAAGCUGGUCUCAGCCGCAGCAUGGACCAACCUCGAGUUGGAUCUGGAGAAUUCCACGCUGAAGCUGGUCCCGAUUAGUGUCAACCUCGUGGAUGAGGUGUGGUUUGGCCAUGAGGAUACCAUACGGGAGAAGGACGCUUUUGUCUUGGAUAUUCAAUAUUCAGGCAGGAAUUGGACAGAUAAGGUUGAGGAACUUCGGCAGGAGUUGAAUUAUACUGGUGUUGACGCUAUGGUGGUCACCAGUCUAGCUGAAAUUGCUUGGUUGUUGAAUAUUCGUGGUAGGGAUACCUACAAUCCGUUUGUUAAGAGUUAUGUGGUUUUGAGUAACACCAGCGUGCAUUUUUACGUUGAUGGUUAUAAACUGGUUAAAAAUGGCGUCGAUAAGUAUCUACGCAUUCAUUACGGGGUGAAUCGUGAGUCAGUUAUUGUACAUGAUUAUAAAGAAAUCUGGACGGAUUUACCAACGAAAACACAAGCAUGGGACUAUGUUUUGGUACCGUCGAUAAGUGUGUUUAGUGACGGGGCGAGUCAGGCCAUUGCUUCGUUGAUUCCGAAGGAGAAACGUGUCAGUAAACCUUCUCCGAUUAUUGCGUUGAAAGCUAGGAAGAAUCCGAUUGAGAUUGCUGGUAUGGAACGCGCGCAUAUUCGAGAUGGCGCUGCGAUGUGUGAAUUUUUAGAGUAUUUAGAACGUCGGUAUGCGGCUGGUGAUACUUGGGAUGAAAUCACAGUGGCGAAUAUCAUAAAUCUCAUUCGCUUCGAGCAGAACUUCAGCCUUGGCAAUAGUUUUGAAACUAUUGUUGCCUUCGGUCCAAAUGGGGCCUUACCGCAUUAUGAACCUACGAAUAGUACUAAUAUGAAGAUUUUUAGUAAUAGUACGGUUGUUAUCGAUUCAGGAGGACAAUAUUAUGAUGGCACUACAGAUGUUACUAGAACAUUACACUUUGGUGAACCUACAGCAGAACAAAUAAAUGCAUACACACGUGUGCUCAUGGGAUUGAUUCAAUUAUCGCGGUUGACGUUUCCAGCGAAUAUGCGCACAUCAGUGGCGGAUGUAAUGGCGCGGGCGCCAUUGUGGGACGUUGGUUUGGACUAUAUGCAUGGUACCGGGCAUGGAAUUGGAUCAUUUCUAGGUGUACACGAACCUCCUAUUUCGUUGGAUUACAAUUCCUACGCACGCCAACAACACUUCCGCAGAGGAUAUUUUUCAAAUGAACCAGGUUAUUAUCUGGAAGGAGAAUUCGGUGUGCGUUUAGAAAACAUUCUCGAAGUAAUCAAGAAGUCUUGGUUGAAGCAUAUAAGUGGACAAGCUUUCCUCGGGUUUAAAGAUGUGACACUCGUACCAUUUGAACCCAAAUUGAUUAAUAUUGAUUUAUUGACCUAUCAACAUCGUCAAUGGUUGAAUGACUACAACACAAGGAUUCGUGACCUUGUCGGGCGUGAAUUAAAGGAGAAGAACAAGAUGGACGCCUUCUAUUGGAUGAUGGAGAAGACGAAACACAUUCCGGGUGCGUCUGCGCAACUACGCACAUCUCUACUCUCAGUUAUCCUGCCGGUUAUUGUUUGUUUUGUUGCCACAGUAAACAAAUAAGUGUUGUAAAAGGUAAGUGAACAUUUUAUUCAAUAUAUAAAGGUAUUUGCAUUGGUAUAUGUCGUAAUUUACAAGUUCUAUUGGGUAAAAGGGUAGUGUUUGUAGUUCUGGUGUCUUAAGUCAACUUAACCUCUCGAAAUUUUUAAUGAAAACACUUCAAAGUUGUGAUUUUGAUGAAAAAUGUUUAUAUUAUAAACGUAAAACAUUCACGCAAUGCCUUAAACUGUUACAAAGUAAACGUAGUAAGUCUAGUUGUAUGUUUGUACUUAUGUCCUAAAGUAUUAUCAAAUUUUAUAUGUGUUAUAUGUGUAAAUCAUAGCUGUAGUCUUUAUUUGUAUUUAUUGCUAGAUGAUAUUAAACCUACGGUUUCCACAAA